AUCGAAACGAAAAUUCGUAAAUCGUAAUCGUAAGAUCAAAGUUGAAAUUUAUACUUAAUUUAAAAUAAAAUCUAGGUACUUAAAAAGAAUAUUGACAACUUAAAAUGGUCAUAAAGUUGUAUAUAGAUUUGAUGUCACAGCCAUCAAGAGCUUUGUACAUUUUGUUGAAAUAUGCUAAGUGCGAUUUUGAGAAAAAGUUGGUCGAUUUGAGACAAGGUGCACAUUAUUCAGAUGAGUUUGCAGCUAUAAAUAGAUUUCAGAAAGUGCCAGUCAUAGACCAUGAUGGAUUUAUUUUAACUGAAAGUGUUGCAAUAAUAAAGUAUCUUUCACGUGAGAAUUUAAUACCAGAAAGCUUGUACCCAAGAGAUAGUAAGCUGCAGGCAAGGGUUGAUGAGUUUUUGGAAUGGCAACAUAUUGGAUUGAGAUUACACUGCGCUAUGUUCUUCAGAGUAAAGGUACUGGAUCCAACCAUCACUGGCGUUGCACCAAAUGCAAAAACCCUAUCCGGUUAUGAGAACAGGAUGAUAUCUGCCUUGGAAACAUUUGAAAAUCAUUGGCUUCAAAAGGGUACCAAGUUCAUUGCUGGGGACAACAUUACUGUGGCCGAUCUGCUGGCAGCUUGUGAAUUGGAACAACCAAGGGCGGCAGGCUAUGACCCAGCGGAUAGUUUCGAAGGCAUGUCAUCCUGGUGGAAGGCGGUUCAAGAGUAUUUCAGUCCUUACUACAACGAAGCACAUGUUAUUAUUAAAAAAGUUGCUGAAAAGAAUAAAUUAGCUGCCAAGUUGUAAUAAUAUUAAUCUUCAUAAAUCAUCAUCAUCAUGACUCUAUUAAUGGCUACAGGGUACAGGCUUCCGCUCUCCUUUAUGAACAGAGCUUAGACCACGCUACACCAAUGUGGGUUAGUGAGCUUAUACCUCAUUUACACUCACACGCGAGCGGCGAGACGAGCCGCGAGGCGAAGUACCUACGCGAGGCCAAUGUUUAAACAGCGCGCUCGUAGUUCGUCUCCCCACUCGCGGCGCUUGCGAUCGACACGUCGAGGUACGAGGCGCGAGUGUAACUGAGCUAUUAGGCUAAUAAAAUGUUUUGACGCGGUAACGACCACUGUGAUCACUGUCAUGUCAUAUGGUAAUAUCUCAGUUACAUUCUCGCGCGAGCGGCGAGACGAGCCGUGAGGCGAAGUACGAGGCCAAUGUGUAAACAGCGCGCUCGUAGUUCGUCUCGUCACUCGCGGCGCUCGCGAUCGACGCGUCGAGGUACGAGACGAUGUACGAGGCGCGAGUGUAACUAAGCUAUUAGGCUAAUAAUAUGUAUUGACGCGGUAACGAUCACUGUGAUCACUGUCAUGUCAAAUGGUAAUACCUCAUUUACACUCUCGCGCGAGCGGCGAGACGAGCUGCGAGGCGGUUCGGGGCGAGUGUGUAAACAGUGCGCUCGUAGUUCGUCUCGUUCCUCGUCUCGUCACUCGCGGCGCUCGCGUUUAAGCGGUUGCUACUAGGCAUGCGAGGCGAGGACGCGUCGAGUACGAGACGAUGUACGAGGCACGAGUGUAAGCUAUAAUGGUUGUGACCGAUACAGAUAGGUUUCUGGGAGUUUGGGAUUGGGUGGACAAUUAAUUUCUAAUGUAAAUUGGUGAUUUAUAGGUAUGUGAUAUUAUAUUUAUAAAAUGAAAAAUAUAUUUUGUUUUUAAUACAA